CACAGUGGCGGAUCCAGCCGGAGAAAUCACUGGGUUCCUUUUUCCAAAUCAUACAAGGUUUACACUACAAAAAAACGUUUUUUUCCAAAUCAUACAAGAUUUACACUACAAAAAAUCGUUUUUUUCCGAAAAGACUGGGUUCCUGGGAACCCGGUCUUUACCUCUAAAUCCGCCCCUGCUCCCACACCAUUAAUUCUUUAAAAUGUAAUUAUGUAGUCAAUUAUAUCCAUGUAUAGAGGAGUAAUUCUCUCCUCAUUAGUUGUCUAUUUAAAGGCAUGUAAAGAAUCAAGUUGAACCAUUCUGACUUCUAGUUCCUCAAGUAUGAGAAUUUUCAGUUUUAUACUACUUGCAAUGCUGGCGGUCGGCCAUGGAGAUACUGAUAGAAAGCAUUACAUAGUCUACAUGGGACAACACUCGCACCCGAGCUCAGAGUCUGUCAUCUCGGCUAACCAUGACAUGCUUGCAUCGGUUCUCGAAAGUUAUAGUGGAGCAAAAGAAGCAACAAUCCACCAUUAUACUAAAAGUUUUAGAGGCUUCUCGGCAAUGCUUACACCUGAUCAAGCAAUAAAACUUUCAGCGCGUCACAAUUGUUAUCGUUUUUUAACGGAUUACAGUCUGGUUUGUGUGGCAGAAAAUGAAGAUGUUGUUUCGGUCUUCGAGAGCAGGAUGAAUCGAUUGCAUACAACCAAUUCAUGGAAAUUUUUAGGAAUAGAUUCUAUUAUUAUCGGUGUCAUUGAUUCAGGUGUAUGGCCAGAGUCACAAAGCUACAAUGACUAUGGAUUAGGGCCUGUGCCGACGAGAUUCAAGGGAGAAUGUGUGUCGGGGCAGAAUUUCACACGCUACAACUGCAACAGGAAACUUAUAGGAGCCCGAUACUACUCCAAAGGAUUCGAAGCGGUAAAUGGUCCUCUUGAGAGUUUUAACCAAACUUUUUUCAGAUCAGCACGAGAUAGUGAAGGCCAUGGGACACACACAUCGUCUAUUAUUGUUGGAUCAAAAGUUUCCAAUGUUAGCCUGUACGGGCUAGGCUCAGGCACCGCAAGAGGGGGCGUGCCAAGCGCUAGACUGUCUGUAUACAAACCUUGUUGGUUCGAAGAAUGUACAGAUGCCGACAUUCUUGCAGCAUUUAGCGACGCUAUUCAUGAUGGUGUCGAUAUUAUUUCCUUGUCUCUUGGUCAAGGCCCUCCCCAACAAAUUUACUUUGAAGAAGCAAUUUCUAUUGGUUCAUUUCACGCGUUUCAGAAAGGUAUUGUUGUAAGUGCAUCGGCUGGUAACAGCUUCUUUGCAGAAACAGCUACGAAUGUGGCUCCAUGGAUCCUCACCGUCGGUGCUAGCACCGUCGAUCGUGAGUUUCCGUCGUACCUACUUCUUGGGAAUCUUAAACAGCUGAAGGCUUUCGGGGUAAACACAAAGCCAGAUCAAGGGAAACGGUAUAGUUUAAUAUACGGGGCCGAUGCUGCAGCGUCAAGAAUUCCCUCUAGAAAUGCAAGUUUCUGCAAGAAAAAUACAUUGGAUUCAAACUCAAUCAAGGGGAGAAUCGUGGUAUGUAUUCUCGAGAAGCUUGGUGACGAUAUGAAUGAGAAGUUGACUGCAGUAGAAGAAGGCGGUGGUGUCGGGAUGAUCCUCGUCGAUCCCCUUGCGAAAUACACAUUGCGUCAGUCAGUAAUUCAAAGCGUUUUAAUCGGGGAAGCCGAAGCUGAGGAGCUUUAUAAGUACAUGACAACCGAAAAGAAUCCAACGGCUAGGAUCUCCCUAACGGUAACAAAUGUCGGGAUUAAACCAGCACCAGCGAUGGCGGUCUUCUCCUCCAAGGGACCAAACGUUAUAACUCCCGACAUCAUUAAACCGGAUAUAACCGCACCAGGAGUGAACAUUUUGGCCGCAUGGUCUCCAGUAUCGACAGCAGACAGCAUCAACUAUAACAUUCUCUCUGGCACCUCUAUGUCGUGUCCACAUGUAUCUGCGGUGGUUGCACUAUUGAAAUCGGUUCAUCCUUAUUGGAGCCCAGCCGCGAUAAAGUCUGCAAUAAUGACAACAGCAACCAUCGCUGAUAACACCCGAAAUUUCAUAAGAAACGACGAUUCUUCAAAUGCGAUGCCUUUUGAUUACGGAUCAGGACACAUAAAUCCAGCUGCAGCAAUAGAUCCCGGGCUCAUUUAUGAUUAUGACACCAACAAUCUCAUCGAUUUUCUUUGCAGCUAUGGGGCAAGCGUUGCACAACUCAAGAACUUGACCGGAACACCGGUUUACUGCAAGAAUCCUCCCAUACCCUCCUAUAACUUCAACUAUCCUUCUAUCGGUGUUUUUAAUAUGUCUGGAAAUGUAUCGGUUUACAGGACUGUUACAUAUGUCGGUGAAGGCCCAACUGUUUAUUAUUCAAAACUACAAGCAAUUACAGGAGUAAGAAGUUCGGUUUAUCCUAAUGUCCUUAGGUUUUCGAAAUCAGGGGAGAAGUUGACUUACAGGAUCGAUUUCGUGCCUUAUAAGAGAAGCAAUGGCAGCUUCGAGUUUGGAUCAUUGACAUGGAGAAAUGAUGUUCACAUGGUUAGGAGUCCUAUUGCGGUUAAUGUGGCUUCGGUUUGAUACAUAUGAAGUCACAUUUGUAAUUUAUUUUUAUUGUACUUGGGAUCUUCUGAACAUCUAUAUUUCCUUGUCCUUGUAUGUAAAUGCCAACAUUCUUG